AUGUCGAGCGAAGGCGGAGAGCGCGCCCCUCGGGAGGUGAAGAACCACAUCCUCUUCGAGAUAGCUACUGAAGUCGCCCAUCGAGUUGGUGGUAUCUACUCAGUCAUCAAGUCUAAGGCGCCAGUGACGACGGCAGAAUAUGGCGAACGCUACACUCUCAUCGGGCCGCUGAACCACCAAUCGGCUGCUGUCGAAGUUGAAGAACUCGAGCCAACUGUCCCGGAAUUGGCCGCUACUAUCCAGUCCAUGCGAGAUCGCGGUAUCGGUAUACUUUACGGGCGCUGGCUGAUUGAAGGAGCUCCGCGGGUCAUCCUGAUUGACACCAAGACCGCGUAUGGGUACCUGGACGAGUGGAAAUCGGAUCUGUGGAAUCUCGCGUCCAUUCCUUCACCUCCCGGUGACGAUGAGACAAAUGAAGCAAUCGUCUUUGGAUACCUCGUCGCCUGGUUCCUUGGAGAGUACGUAUGCCAUGAGAAAACCAAAGCCGUCAUCGCACAUUUCCACGAAUGGCUGGCGGGCGUCGCCUUGCCGCUGACGAAGAAACGACGCAUCGAUGUGACGACCAUCUUCACCACUCACGCAACCUUGCUAGGCAGAUAUCUGUGUGCUGGAUCUGUGGACUUCUACAACAACCUGCAAUGGUUUGACGUUGACGCGGAGGCAGGAAAGCGCGGGAUUUACCACAGAUACUGCAUAGAGCGGGCUGCAGCUCACGCCUGCGACGUCUUCACGACUGUUUCCCACAUCACGGCCUAUGAGAGUGAGCACCUUUUGAAGCGGAAGCCGGACGGUGUCUUGCCCAACGGGCUCAAUGUCACCAAGUUCUCCGCCAUGCACGAGUUCCAGAACUUGCACCAGCAGUCAAAGGAGAAGAUCCACGAUUUUGUGCGUGGGCACUUCUACGGCCACUAUGACUUUGACCCAGAGAACACACUCUACUUCUUCACGGCAGGACGUUAUGAGUUCAGGAACAAAGGCGUGGACAUGUUCAUCGAGUCCCUCGCGCGCCUGAACCAUCGGCUCAAGACUGCCGGAAGCAAGAUUACGGUCGUUGCAUUCAUCAUCAUGCCCGCUCAGACGACCUCGCUGACGGUGGAAGCUCUGAAAGGCCAAGCUGUGAUAAAAUCACUCAGGGACACCGUCGACAUCAUCGAAAAGAGCAUCGGGAGGCGUGUCUUUGAGCGAUCGAUCAAAUGGCACGACGGCGAUCCUCUGCCUGACGAGAAGGAGCUGAUCACCGCGCAGGACCGGGUCCUUCUUCGGAGGCGUUUGUUCGCCAUGAAGCGACACGGCCUGCCGCCAAUUGUGACGCACAACAUGCUCAAUGACAGCGAGGACCCUGUACUCAACCAGAUCCGUCGCGUACAGCUCUUCAACCACCCAUCGGAUCGCGUCAAAGUGAUCUUCCACCCAGAAUUCUUGAACUCAGCGAACCCUGUCUUACCCCUCGACUAUGACGAUUUCGUCAGAGGCACGCAUCUCGGUGUUUUUGCGUCGUACUAUGAGCCAUGGGGCUACACUCCGGCCGAGUGCACAGUCAUGGGAGUCCCCAGUAUUACGACCAACUUAUCUGGUUUCGGCUGUUACAUGGAAGAGCUCAUCGAGAACUCCAGCGAUUACGGUAUCUACAUUGUCGACCGCAGAAACAAGGGCGUGGACGACUCGGUCAACCAGCUUACAUCGUCCAUGUUUGACUUCUGCCUGAAGAGCCGGAGACAGCGCAUCAACCAGCGAAACCGCACGGAGCGCCUGAGCGACCUGCUCGACUGGAAGAGAAUGGGCAUGGAGUACGUAAAGGCUCGGCAGCUUGCCCUGCGGAGGGCGUAUCCCAGUUCGUUUGAGGGCGACGUCGAGGACGACGAUUACAUCCCUGGUGUGGAACAAAAGAUUUCAAGGCCGUUCUCCGUGCCCGGGUCUCCUCGUGAUCGCACGGGUAUGAUGACACCAGGCGACUUUGCCAGUAUACAAGAAGGCCACGAAGGCCUCAGCACUGAGGACUAUGUAGCGUGGAAGUUGCCUGAGGAGGAAGACCCUGAUGAGUACCACUUCCCUCUGACACUGAGGACGAAGCGAACAGGGCCUGGCAGCCCCUUGGACGGCGUCCAGCUUAACGGAAACUAG